UGUGGCAGCAUCUGCUCCUCUUCAUCUCCACCAGCCUCCCGCCUUCUCACAGCAGCCGCAGAGAUGCAUUUCGAUGAAAUUAUCCACACUGUCGGCGGGUUCGGGAAAUUCCAGAAGCUCUUGUAUGUGUGGAUCAGUCUGCCUCAGAUCUUCCUGGCAUUCCACAUGCUGGUCUCCAUCUUCACCGGCGCCGUGCCCCCCCAUCGGUGCCGAGGGUCCGGUUCUUCAGCGGGUUCUCCAGGCUCUCUGAACUUCAGCCUUCUGACCUCUGGAGAACUGUCCUGCCCGGUCCACUCAAACCAGAGUGAUGCCGGGGCUUUUCCUGAGGGGCAGCCUAAUGUGAGCUGCAAAGGGGGCUGGGAGUACAGCACAGAGACCUUCCAAAGCACCAUUGUAACUGAGUGGGACCUGGUCUGUGACAUGGCCAGCUUGAACCAUGUGGGCUCUUCCAUCUACAUGUUUGGCCUCCUUGUUGGAGCAUUGUUGUUUGGAAUCUUAGCUGACAAGUAUGGUCGCAGGAAUAUCAUCCUUAUCAGUCUGGCCAUCCAGGCUGUGUUCGGGGUUGGUGCUGCUUUCGCCCCAAACUUCUACAUCUACACUGCUCUCCGUUUCAUGGUGGGAACAUCCAUCUCUGGUGUCAUCAUGAAUGCUUUUGUUCUAGGCACUGAAUGGACCGGCUCCAAACAGCGCAUGCUGGCAGGGAUCGUCACUGACUACUCAUUUGGUGUAGGCUAUAUCCUCCUGGCCGGAGUGGCCUACCUCAUCAGAGACUGGAGGAAACUUCAACUGGCUAUCUCAGCUCCAGGUUUCUUCUUCAUCUUCUACAUCCUGGUUUUACCAAAGUCCGCUCGCUGGUUAAUGAUCAACAACAGGAAUGAAGAGGCAUGGGAUCUGAUCCGGAAAGCAGCUCAGAUGAACGGGAAGAACUUCACUCAGGACCUGGAGAUGUGUCAGGUGUAUAAAGCUGAAGACAAAAGUGAGAUACAAACAAAAUACUCGAUCUUGGACCUUGUUCGAACUCCGAGGAUGAGGCAGCAGUCUCUGAUUGUCUUUUAUUUGUGGUUUGUGAACAUCCUGGUGUACUACGGCCUCUCCCUCAACAUUUCGGACCUGGGGAUGAAUAUCUACCUGACCCAGAUGAUCUUCGGUCUGGUGGAAAUGCCGGCUCGCACCAUCACUCUGUUCACACUCAACCGCUCCCGCAAGUUCUCCCAGCUGGCCUUCUUGCUCGUGGGUGGCUCCGCCUGCCUCCUCAGCAUCUUUGUCCCUAAUGACCUGUCAGUCCUCAGAACAACCCUUGCCAUGGUUGGGAAGUUUGGGAUCACAGCUUCUCUGUCCAUUAUUUAUGUCUACUCAGCUGAAGUGUUUCCUACUGUAAUCAGACAAAAUGGGAUUGGUAUGGGCUCCAUGUGUGCACGUUUGGGUGGUGUCUUGGCCCCUAUGAUGCACUUCCUGAGAUUACUGAGUCCUCAGGCUCCCAUGAUCCUAUGUGGCCUCCUGCCCCUGCUGGGAGCUGCUCUCACCCUGCUGCUGCCGGAGACAGCCAACAAACCUCUUCCCGACUCCAUCCAAGACAUCGAAGGACACAAACUCAGGUUCAAAUCUCUCUCGCUCUGUUCUGCCUGUCAACAACAGGCCUGACAUAAACAUUGGAGACAUUUUAGUGUUACCAUCCUGUCUUGGAAGAUUCUUUUCCAAUGUUGCUGAUUGAAUGUGAAACUUUUCUCAAAUGAAAUUAUGAAAACUGCUUUUUCUGUAGCCUUCAGGGCCUGAACAGCAGCUGAUACAACCAGUGAUCAUAGCCAAAUGAUCAGUGAUGCAGGAGUGAAAACUAGUGAACUUAUUGCUAGCAAUAACAAUAUUUUGAUAACCUCAGAAUUUUCUUGGUCUAAAACUGAGGAUCCAGUGUAAAGAGGCCUUAAAGACUUCAUUGUUAUGUACAAACAGUUGUAGUAGUUUAGACAUUAGAUAGCAAAGGUGCAGCAGACAAGUACCUCUUUUAUUGUGUUGGUAACUUUACCUGGAAACAGCCUGUCUUUUGUGUGUUGGAUUGGGACUGACUGGAAAACAGAUGUUUUUUCUCUCUUUUGUUAAAAUAUAAGCUGGACAUGUGAAGUUUCCUGUGAUUUGACACUGAUCUCCACAGGUCAUCUCACACCUCUCAGUGAAGCCAUUCGCCGAGCCUGACUGACUCUGUGAUAUCACCAACCUGAAGAUCUGUUGUCUGAACUGACUCUGGUUCCUCUCAGGCACUUGACCUGCCCAGAAGUUGAUUUUUGCAUAAACUUCCAAGGUGUAUACUAACUCACACCUCCAGGUUCGGAUCAGGCUCAGAAGCCCUGUUGUCCCUGGACCCACCUGAGGGAAGGCAACUGCUCACACAUUCUCUUCUUCUGGACCAAUUUCCUGCAUGCAUAUGGCCAGGUCAAAACCUCACCAUAGAAAUUACUGUGAACACACAAGGUUUGCAACUAAAUUUCCAGCAAGAAGGAUAACCAGGCUGCGUUGGCAUCCCAACACCAUGACGGCAAAGACUCGAACCUCCAACUCCUCGGUACUGCAACUCGAGGACAAGGACACUGCAGUGACUGUUUCUGGAACCACACCAAUUUUCAGUUUUUGCCUUCAAGCUAGCAAAAGCAGCACACAAGUGACUUUCUUUCAUCCAUUCAAGAAUCAGUAAAGUAACGAGGCACAACUUACCAACUUCACAGGAUUAACCAGGCUGUUAAACUUACUGUGUGUGAGUUAUUGAGUCAUUGUGAUUGUUUGCAGUUAGAUUAUAUAGUGAGUCAUUUUACAAGCUCCUUCAGUUUCCAACACCCUCUAAUGGGCACAGUUACACACAUCAUGAUGUGCGUAAAUACCACCAGCACCCCCUCCGAUGCUACAACUAUAAGCAAGGACUGAACAAUUACUUCUGAUGAAGAAGUUUGGUAACUUUUUAAUCAUGGCCAUCAUUCAGGUCUACAUGUUUAAACAGAAGCAGCUUAGCAUCAUUAUCUAGUGAUUUAAUGGAGGUGAAAUGUGAGUGAUAUGGAUAUCACAAAGAACUGUUCGGUGGCACACAGGGGAGAGGCUUCCCCAACAAUGGGAACUUUAACAAUUAGAACUUGCUCAAUUUUCCACCAGUUUUGAAAUGGUUCACUUUGUUAUAAACAUCAUACAUCUAGUAAUGACACUGCAUACUUGAAUAAUGAAUAUUAUUAUAUAAUAUAACAAUAUUUAGGGCUGGGCACGUUAACGCGUUAUUAACGCAUUAACGCACUGCUUCUUUAACGCCGACAAAUAUUUUCAUCAGGUGUUAACGCCCCCCCACGCCCCCCACUGUAGACACACACAUUGCGCUCCAGCUGAGCGUCAAAAAAGCACACACAUCAGCAGCGGCGCUUUCUGCGGUGAAACACGGUCCAUUCCUCAUUAUUUGCCAUAUUGAACUCAGCCGAAUUAUCAGAAAAAUCAGGAGGAAUAGGCUGGUAUAACGUACAAACUGAAAUAAGGAGCGCAAAUAUGACAAAAAUGAAAGUGAAACUUAAAUCGCGUCUUUUGCCGACAGAACGUUUUGGCCCGCUGGGCGGUCUUCAGGCGCUGAAAACACGCAAAAUAAAGUAAAUUUCCCUUCAACACACAAUCUGGCUUCCUGAGGCACAAGUCGGCGUGACUGAAUUUAUUCGGUCUUCUCUGUCUGAAGGUCAAACAUAGAAUUUGAGGAAGUGUGCCUCAUAACAAACUUCGUUUUUCAUCUGCUCUGCUCUUGCUGGUGUGUGCGUGCGUGUGUGUCUGUGUGUCUGUGUGUGUGUGUGUGUGUGUGUGUGUGUGUGUGUGUGUGUGUGUGUGUGUGUGCG